AUGACGACGUUGAAGACAAAGCUUAAUGGUAAUCCCGUGAAGCACGCUUUUCGAAAGUACGGUCUGCGCAAGGCUAAGGACAACUUGCUCGAGCAUGAGAAGUUUAACGAAUGGUUUACAAAAACGAAGGAACUCCAUCCACAAAACUUUAACAAAGAGGCGAUUUUUAUGCUGAAACACUACUACUCCGAUGGCGAACUGUACAAGAUAUUUGAUGCGGGAAAGGCCAAGUCUGCUGAGGUCCUUGAUGCGAGAAAGGGUGAGUCUACUGAGGUCCUUAAUGCGGAGAAGGGUGAGUCUACUGAAAAUGUCGCCAAGGGCCUCCAGGUUGCGCUAAUAAAUAGCUGA